ACAGUAGAACGUUCAUUUCUGUUUGUACACAUAUUUUUAGGAGCAUUAGAAAUAUGCAAAUGAGGUGAUGAUGUCAUCCACCAAACACCAAUGAUAUAACUGUUCUGAGUACUUUGUUUUACUCUGAAAGCUGUCCAACAUAAACACUGAAAUGUAACUUGUUACUGGAACUAUUGAAAGUGUUGUUGGAGGGGAAAGUGUAAUCCCAGAGUGAAAGCCACACUGGACAUGAGGACAAAGAGGACAAUGGCGACGGAGGCUUUCCAAAGGUCAACAUGAGCCACAGGAAGACGGACGUGUAAAAUUCCGAAAUGGAGCUAAGGAUUCUAUACGUGGUUGGCGUGGCAACAAGAAAACUUGGUAGUGAGUGUUAGGAGAGUGUUUUUGUGAGAAGCAGAUUAAAGGACGGGACAGGAAGGGUCAGGUUUAGAGAAACAGGAAGCGUGAUGCCAGGAAAUGAAGGACGUCAGCAGCCAGCCCACCAAACUGAGAGGAGACAAAUUCAGGAGCAGCCAAAUCAUGGAGUGUUUGUUUGGGGCACCAAUGAAACUCCUACUUUUCACAGCAUGGAUCUCCAGUCUGAUGGACCCCUGCAGACUCUCUGACAUUUGUGAGUCUUGCCACAGACUUGCCACAUGUAAGGCUCUGAACGGCUCCAACCACGCUUGCUUUUGCAACAACGGAUAUACUGGAGAUGGGACAACCUUCUGCAAUGAUGACAAUGAAUGCCAGAAUGUGACGUACAUCUGCAGCAAGAGAGGAACGUGCACCAACACUGUAGGAAGUUACUACUGUACUUGUCUGCCUGGGUACUCUUCAACUGGACUCCAACACUUCCAGAUCAACGAUGGCACCGAGUGUGUGGACAUUGAUGAAUGCGAGGCAGGACAAGUCUGCGGUCCAAACUCACUCUGUCAUAAUAGCGAUGGAUCUUUCUAUUGCACCUGCCAGCGGGAUUACAUCCCAACUUCUGGCACCAAACACUUUCAUCCAGAGAGAGGUGGAAGAUGUAAAGAGCAUCCCCUAAAAAACUGCCAUGAUAACAUCGCCUGCGUUACACAGACUGUCAACAGAACGCUUGAAUACAUGAGCAACCUCACCGAGUCCUUGAGUUUCCUGAAUGAAAUUGCCGAGCAGACGUCUGGCGAGUUGACCUCGGUGGAAGUGAUCGCCUACGUGGAGGCCUUGAGUCGCUCCACGUGGUCACUGAGAGCAGGACAAGAGGAUGCCGUCGUCCACUCAACUCUCACAAAUUUGGUGAAGGUGGCAAACAACUUGUUGGAGAAAGAUGAGCUGGUGGCUUGGAGGAGAAUGAAGGAUGAAAGGCGGCAAGAAACCAUCAGCAAACUUCUGCAUGCUGUUGAGGGAAGUUCUCUCGCUUUGGCCAACAAUCUGAAAAGGCCAAAUCAACUUCAAAUCAAAGACCAACAAAUAGAAUUGAGACUCUUCACUUUUGAUGGCGGACUUAAAGGAGACACGUUGUCGACCAACAUGGGGGAUGACCUCAUGACCCUCACACCAAAACUAAAACCAGGGGAGGACAGUAAUGCAAGCGUGUCAGUGGUGUUUGUACGAUACGACAGCAUGGCGGACAUCUUGAAGCCCGCCAUCGACCCGGGCGUCACCGACUACUCGCGCUACGCCAAAUCGGGAGAAAUCACCGUCAACUCCCAAGUGGUGGCCGCCGCCAUCAAACCUGCCGACCAGCUAGACCACGUCACCUUCACGCUGAGACACGUCCAGAUGCAGUCAAGAUGGAAGAACUCGGAUAACAGAGACUCUAACCAGGAGGAAUUUUGACUUGGAUACACAGAC